GGCCGUCGGAGCCGUCACCGAGGAGCAAACCAACACCUUGGCCUUGCCCUCACGUCCUUGACCUCUGGCUAUUAACCGAGCCCUCCGGUGUGGGAAGCAAUGCCUUGUGGUUUUUAAGGAGCACGGGUGACGCCGGUGCCCAGAAUCCCUAAGUAGGAGCGGGGACUAUAAAUACACGGGCAGUGGUUGGGAUGAGCAUCCAAAAAACUCUCCCCGUCCCGCCGCCAUCAUGUCCUGCAAGGCUCUGGCCCUCUGCCUCCUGGGGCUCCUGGCUCUCUCCUCCGCUUGCUACAUCCAGAACUGCCCCAUCGGGGGCAAACGUGCCGUCAUGGACAUGGAAAUCAGGAAGUGCCUGCCCUGCGGCCCCCGGAACAAGGGCCACUGCUUCGGGCCCAACAUCUGCUGCGGGGAGGAGCUGGGCUGUUACCUCGGCACCUCCGAGACCCUGCGCUGCCAGGAGGAAAACUUCCUGCCCACCCCCUGCGAGUCGGGACACAAACCCUGCGGCAGCGGCGGGAGCUGCGCCGCCCCCGGCAUCUGCUGCAGCACCGAGGGCUGUGGGGCUGACUCAUCCUGCGACCAGGAGAUGCUGUUUGUGUAGCCCAUCCAGGACAGAACCUGCAGGAUCCCGUAUCCAUCCCGCUGUCCCAGCCUGGCCUCGGGCUGGGAACAGACGAGCUGAGAGCUGUGACUCAGCCUGGAGUGAUGAGCUUAACUAGAAAUAAAACUUGUACAGAAAAACAACCCUAAAAGAAGUCUGUGGCUUUUGUGUUCUUGCCUGGUUUAGGUGCGGGCUCGUGAGGAGAGAAAAAGACAUUUUUAGGAAAAGUGGAGGUAAAAAGCGAGGAUUUCAUGUCAAUUAUCUGAGGAAGGGAGGGCAGAGGGACCUGUGGUCAGUCAGCCUGGGCUCUGGCUGAACCUAAAAAGUUUUAGGGCAAAGCUGAGAGUCUGCAAGACCCCAACAACCCAGAACACCCGGAGUCAUUACAGUUUGAUCCACGUCU